CUCUACACCCCCUUUAUAAAUCAUAGGUCUUCUUCCUCUUCCCCAGCACAACUUCUCUCAUCUCAUAAAAAGUGAGACAAAUUAGGAUAGAGAGAAAGAGAGGGAUCCAAGAACAUGAACCACACUCUGGAUGAUCAGAACAUGGCUUUUAUCUCUCAAUUGUACCCUGAUGUCUACACUCAGAUAGUACCACAACAAGGUGAAGUGAAGCCACCGAAACGAAGGAGAAAGAAGAGCAAAGCAGCGGUUGCUUCCGGAGAUGGAAGCAAUUGCUUGUUUAGGAAGAGAAAGCUUACCGAUGAGCAAGUGAACAUGUUGGAGAUGAGUUUUGGAGAUGAGCACAAGCUUGAGUCAGAGAGGAAAGAUAAACUUGCGGCGGAGCUAGGGCUUGACCCUCGUCAAGUUGCAGUUUGGUUUCAGAACCGUCGUGCACGGUGGAAGAACAAAAGGCUCGAGGAAGAGUACAACAAACUCAAAAACUCACAUGACAACGUCGUUGUCGACAAGUGCCGACUUGAGUCAGAGCUUCUUCAGCUCAAGGAACAGCUAUAUGAUGCAGAGAGGGAGAUCCAAAGAUUGGCAGAAAGAGUAGAAGGAGGCUCGAGCAACAGUCCAGUUUCUUCUUCAGUUUCGGUGGAAGCCAACGGGACGCCGUUUUUUGGAGACUAUAAAGUUGGAGACGACGGUGACGACUACAGUAACCUGUUUUAUCCGGUCCCUGAAAACAUCUACAUUGAUGGAGCUGAAUGGAUGAAUCUUUACAUAUAAAAACUCUAGCUUAAUGUAAUAUUUUAAUUGUAUCAACUAGUGUCGUGAAUUAGGGAAGACUAUUUUAGGUAAAUUGGUAGAUUAUAUAAGUGCUCUAUUUCUAAUGUACAAAUAGUUAAAAUAACUAUGGAUGUCUCGCUAGUGUAAUUUGGCAAUCGUGAUGUAAGCAACAGUUGUUACGUAGCUAA